UUGUCACUUUUGUGAAGAAGGAGCUGAAGAAGAUCCAGAAGCUUCUGAGUCAGAGGGAGGAUGAGGAGGAGGAUGAAGAUGAAGAGGAGAGGAGUAGCAAAGAGUUACUGAUGAAGAUCACAGAGAACUUCCUGAGGAGAAUGAAGCAGGAGGAGCUGGCUGAUCGACUGCAGAGCAGAUCUCCUGCUGCUGCAGUUUGUCGACAUGAAGUCCAAUCUGAGCAAAUAAAGAAGUUCCAGUGUGUGUUUGAGGGAAUUGCUAAAGCAGGAAACCCAACCCUUCUGAAUGAGAUCUACACAGAGCUCUACAUCACAGAGGGAGGAACUGGAGAGCUGAAUGAAGAACAUGAGGUCAGACAGAUUGAAGCAGCAUCCAGGAAAGCAGACAGAGCAGAAACCAGCAUCAGACAAGAAGAGCUCUUUCAACUCCCAGCUGGAAGACAAGAACCAAUCAGAACCGUGAUGACAAAGGGAGUGGCUGGCAUCGGGAAAACAGUCUUAACACAGAAGUUCACUCUGGACUGGGCUGAAGGCAAAGCCAACCAGAACAUCCACUUCAUAUUUCCAUUCACUUUCAGAGAGCUGAAUGUGCUGAAAGAGGAGAAGUUCAGCUUGGUGGAACUUGUUCAUCACUUCUUCCCUGAAACCAAAGAAGCAGGAAUCUGCAGCUUUGAAGACUUCCAGGUCGUCUUCAUCUUUGAUGGUCUGGAUGAGUGUCGACUUCCUCUGGACUUCCACAAGACUCAGAUCCUAAAUGACCCUAGAAAGUCCACCUCAGUGGGUGAUCUGCUGACAAACCUCAUCAGGGGGAACCUGCUUCCCUCUGCUCGCCUCUGGAUAACCACACGACCUGCAGCAGCCAAUCAGAUCCCUGCUGAGUGUGUUGACAUGGUGACAGAGGUCAGAGGGUUCAAUGAUCCACAGAAGGAGGAGUACUUCAGGAAGAGAUUCAGAGAUGAAGAGCAGGCCAGCAGGAUCAUCUCCCACAUCAAGAGAUCCCGAAGCCUCCACAUCAUGUGCCACAUCCCAGUCUUCUGCUGGAUCACUGCUACAGUUCUGGAGGAUCUGCUGAAGAGCAGAGAGGGAGGAGAGCUGCCCAAGAGCCUGACUGAGAUGUACAUCCACUUCCUGGUGGUUCAGGCCAAAGUCAAGAAGGUCAAGUAUGAUGGAGGAGCUGAGACAGAUCCUCACUGGAGUCUAGAGAGCAGGAAGAUGAUGGAGUCUCUGGGAAAACUGGCUUUUGAGCAGCUGCAGAAAGGAAACCUGAUCUUCUAUGAAUCCGAUCUGACAGAGUGUGGCAUCGAUAUCAGAGCAGCCUCAGUGUACUCAGGAGUGUUCACACAGAUCUUUAGAGAGGAGAGAGGCCUGUACCAGGACAAGGUGUUCUGCUUCAUCCAUCUGAGUGUUCAGGAGUUUCUGGCUGCUCUUUAUGUCCACCUGACUUUCGUCAACUCUGGACUCAGCCUCAUGGAGGAAGAACAGAAAAAAACAGAGAUUUUCAAACUGAAAUGGAACAGCUCAGUCCAGUUCUACCAGAGUGCUGUGAAUGCAGCCUUACAGAGUCCAAACGGACACCUGGACUUGUUCCUCCGCUUCCUCCUGGGUCUUUCCCUGCCGACCAAUCAGUGUCUCCUACGAGGUCUGCUGACUCAGACAGAAAGUAGCUCACAGACCAAUCAGAAAACAGUCCAGUACAUCAAGAAGAAGAUCAGUGAGGAUCUGUCUGCAGAGAAAAGCAUCAACCUGUUCCACUGUCUGAAUGAACUGAAUGAUGGUUCUCUUGUGGAGGAGAUCCAACAGUGCCUGAAGUCAGGACGUUGCUCCACAGAUAAACUGUCUCCUGCUCAGUGGUCUGCUCUGGUCUUCAUCUUACUGUCAUCAGGAGAAGACCUGGAAGUGUUUGAAUUGAAGAAAUACUCUGCUUCAGAGGAGGCUCUUCUGAGGCUGCUCCCAGUGAUCAAAGUCUCCAAAAAAGCUAUACUCUGUUGCUGUAAGUUGUCAGAGAGAAGCUGUGCAGCCCUGUCCCCAGUUCUCAGCUCUCAGUUCUCCAGACUCAGAGAUCUGGACCUGAGUAACAACAACCUGCAGGAUUCAGGAGUGAAGAUGCUUUCUGCCGGACUGGAGAGUCCACACUGUGAAUUGGAAACUCUCAGAUUAGAUGACUGUAAGCUGUCAGAGAGAAGCUGUGCAGCUCUGUCUUCAGUUCUCAGCUCUCAGUCUUCCAAACUCAAAGAUCUGGACCUGAGUAACAACAAGCUGCAGGAUUCAGGGGUGGAGCUUCUGUCUGCUGGACUAGAGAGUCAACACUGUAAACUGGAGAUUCUCAGAGUCUUCUACUGUGACCUGACUGAGAGAAGUUGUCAAGCAUUGUCUUCAGUUCUCAGUAGCAAAUCAUCCAAUCUCCAAAAACUGGAUCUAAGUAACAACAACCUCCAGGAUUCAGGAGUCAAACUGUUGUCCGCUGGAAUAAAGAGUGCACACUGUAAACUGGAGACUCUUGGCCUGUCAGGCUGUCUGAUCACAGAGGAAGCCUGUGCUUCUCUGGCUGCUGCUCUGAACUCCAACCCCUCCCAUCUGAGAGAGCUGGACCUGAGCUACAAUCAUCCAGGAGAGGCUGGAGUGAAGCUGCUGUUGGCAGGGCUGGAGGACCGACCCUGGAGACUGAAGACUCUCAGGGUGGAGCCUGCAGGAGUCCAAUGGAUGACUCCAGGUCUGAGAAAGUGUAAGUGCACUUUUUCUUUUUGUUUUAUGACAACAGAGCAGCUCCCAUGUGGGCAUCUUUGGAUUGUGUUUGUUUCUCCACCAGAUUCCUGCAGCCUCACAGUCGACACAAACACAGUGAACAGAAACCUCAAACUGUCUGACGACAACAGGAAGGUGACCUUCGAGAAGGAGCUGCAGUCCUAUCCGGAUCUUCCAGACAGAUUCGAUGUGUGUCAUCAGCUGCUGUGCAGAGACGGUCUGACUGGUCGCUGUUACUGGGAGGUCGAGUGGAGAGGAGACGUUUCUAUAUCAGUGAGUUACAGAGGAAUCGGAAGGAAAGGAAACAGGGAAGACAGUGUGUUUGGAGCCAACAGUCAGUCCUGGAGUCUGAUCUGCUCUGAUUAUAGUUACUCUGUGUGGCACAAGAACAGAGAAACAUACAUCGGCUCCUCUUCCUCCUCCUCUUCUUCCUCUCACAGAGCAGCGGUUUAUGUGGACUGUCCUGCUGGUGCUCUGUCCUUCUUCAGAGUUUCCUCUGACUCACUGAUGCACCUCCACACCUUUAACACCACAUUCACUGAACCUCUUUACCCUGGGUUCAGGUUGGGUUCUGGUUCCUCUGUGGUUCUGUGUAGCGAUCAGAGUUAUGGUUGUGGUUCUGAGAAACUCUGUUGAAUGAAGGGUUCAGUCUGUACAUGUCUGUCUCUUUGCUCACAAACUCCUGAAAAUAGUUCCUCGUAAAAUUGUCUUCAUCUACAGAUAAAGUAUUAUUUCAGGAUACAAAUGUUUUUAAUGUUCCCUACCUCAGUAGAAAUCAGAGGGUUAUGUUUGGAAUUAACCCAAAAAAAAAAAAAAAAUCUUUUUUACUCCUAAAAAUGUAAAUAAAUACACCCCCCCCCCCCAUAUUUUUUCAGAUGUUGUCUCAUUCUUCAUAACAAUCUUUAUGUUUACAUUUCUUUGAAAAUAUUGAUUUUUAUUUCUUUGACUUUAUUCUGCAGUACAACGGUGCAAAAAGAAGUAUCCCAUCACCAAAUCUACAAGUUCUCCUACUCAAAAAGAUGAGAAACUUGUUUCCCAUUUAUUGUUUUUGACAAAUACAAUUUUAUCCUGCAGGUUUUCACAAACUGUUGUUGGAAUUUUGGUGCAUCCCUCCAUACACAUCUCCUCUAGAGCUCUAAUGUUUUCUGAGGCUGUUGCUGGGAACUUUCAACUGACAUGGUUUCAUUUGACCAUCUCCCAAUCUUCUUCUGGAUCAUUGAGAAACUUCACAUAAAACUGGACAUGUCCUGGUUUCAUCAGGGGAACCAUUGGGGCUGUAAGGCUUUGUUGUCUUGGCGGUGCAGUGUGUUACUGAGAGUAACCUUUGUUGCUUUGAUCCCAAUGUUUGGUUCUGGGAUUUUUGCUCAUUUUUGUGAUCAUUUAAUGAAUUAAGUGAUGCGGGGAGACUUUGGCCAGCAAAUUUCACCUUUUGUCACAAAUUGAGCUUUUUCAAAUGGCAGGUUUUUAUCUGCUCCUGAUCAAACACCAUUUGAAUAAAGAAAUACUAAGAAAUGCAGUUUUAAUCUUAAAAUAUUUUAUAUAGUUGCUCAAUCAUGAGCAAAUGCCCCAAGAAUAUGAGAAAAACACACAAAAAAUGUGAUUUUCAUAGGAGUCAGUCUUUAAUACAUUUUUGAGAAUUGUUUUCUCACAAAACAGAUAUUUACUCACAUGAGUCAUCAUAAAGCACAGCCACUACUUUUUGUAUCUGGUAAAUAUGCAAUAAAUAUGCACAUAGAUCAAUAUACAAGUAUAUUAAGGUAAAUAAAAUAUACACUUAUAAUAUUAAAUAAAAAAAUAAAUUGUUAGAAUUAUACAAGUAGAAAAUGUAUUUCCAGGACAGACUAAGACAACAUGCUCAGUCUCACCAUAGAAGACGACCAUAAUGGUUGACUUAACAACUGUAAACAAGACAUGAUAAUAUUACAAAAUUUGACUAAUAAUCAUUAAUCAACAAAAAUUUAGCGUUCGUUUUUAAAAAUUGCUGAAAUAAAAUCUAAUGAAUGAAAAAUGCCAAGACAGAGACUAAUGAUAUGUUUAUACUGGUGGAAGUCAGAAGAUACAGCAGUUGCAAUUCAUAGCAACACAUCUAUAUUUACAUGUUGGUGCAAUAUAAUUAAAUUACAAGAAACAUUUAAUUCUGUUGUUAGUUCUUAAUGAAAGUGAAAUUCAUUGUAUAGAACCAUUACACAUAAACAAAAAUAUUUAUUCUAGGGAUAAUGAUGACUGUGGCUUAAAAAUGAUGAAAAUCUAAAAAUUUGCAUCUAGAAAAUCACAAUAUAUAUUCGAAUGUUUAAUGUAAGAAUGUUGAAGUUUCCAUACCACAAACUAUCAUCAGCCUGUGGCUUUGUGUACAUUUAAUGAAAGCUCAGGUUGCUUUCAUAGUUGACAUCAAGUCAUCCUAAUUUUUGGGUAUGGUGUUCCUCUUGAUAACAGUUCAUAGAUUUUUUUGUAAGAUCAGAUCACGGCACUUUGCUGGCUGAUCAAACAAAGUAACAUGUACAUUAAAACAGAUUUACGUACCUUUGGUAGUGUGUGAUAGUAUAUGUAACUUUAAAAAUAUUACAAUUUCCUCUUUCCUAGGUAAACCCUUAUUGUCUUUUACAUAACAAGUGGUCCGCAAUUGCAGUGUUUUCUGAGAUUUUAGUGAUCUAAUCUUUGUUAAAUUUAUGACUAGAAAGACGCUUCUCUUCCAAGUGAAUUUUCAUGUGGGUUACAAGAUUAGAUUUUUGUAUAAAACUUUUAUUACAAUAUUGACACGUAAAAGGUUUUUCUCCCGUGUGAGUCCUGAUAUGUCUCUUAAGAGUGGAAUUUUUGCUAAAUUUUUUUCCACAUGGACAAGAAAAAGGCUUUUCUCCCGUAUGAGUUCUCUUGUGUUUUGUGAGAUCAUAUUUUUCACUAAAACGUCUAUCACAUUCUUCACAUGAAUAGGGCCUCUCUCCUGUGUGAGUUCUCAUGUGUCUUUUGAGACUAGAUAUUUGACUAAAACUUGAAUCGCAUUCUUUGCAAGUAAAAGGCUUCUCGCCGGUGUGAGUUCUGAUGUGUGUUUUGAGAUGAGAAAAUUGACUAAAACUUUUAUCACAUUCUUUGCAAGAAAAGGGCUUUUCUCCUGUGUGGGUUCUCAUGUGAUAUCUGAGCUGAGACCAGGACCUAACACUUUUACCACAUUCUUUACAGAUAUGUCUUUUAUUACCCUCAGUUCUCUUGUGGGAAUUAUGAGUAAUUCUUGUACUUUUACUAGAGUUCAUAUGGGAAAGUCUCUGGUAUCCUUCUUCAUCCUGACUAUCAGUUACAAUAAAGCUCUGCUGGCUGUUUA